AUGAGCGACAUAGCAUCCAGUCCGCAACCUCCUUACCCCCUCCACCCUUCUGUGGUGCCUCGUCUCGCCCUCGACUACGCCAAGUUCUACAAUGAACACAUCAUAGACAAGCAGCAGGUCCACCUCCAGCCCGUCGAGGCGUCCAGGAGCAGCGGCACCCUCAUCCCCGGCGGAGGACCAAUGUACCCAAUCGCCAAGACGCAGGACGUCUCCAUCCCACGCACGGAGAGCAAAGGGCCAGAUGUCAAGCUCCGCCUAUUCACGCCUGCUGGCAAGAGGCCUGAGAAGGGGUGGCCGUGUCUCUUUUAUUUCCACGGUGGUGGUUGGGUGCUGGGGGACAUCUCCACAGAAAACGUGAUCGCCACGAACCUGUGUGGAAGGUCGAACUGCGUCGUGGUGAACGUGGACUACAGGCUCGCACCCGAGGACCCUUUCCCAGCCGCUGUGGAGGACUCCUGGGAAGCCGUGCUAUGGGCAACCAAGGGACCGGGCAGAGACCUGCUCGACAUCGACACCACCAAGCUCGCCACAGGCGGUUCCUCAGCGGGAGGGAACCUCGCAGCCAUCAUGUGCCAGCGAGCAGCCGACAGGCUCGACCUGGGCGUCUCCUUUGUUGCCCAGCUUCUCUCCGUCCCCGUGACCGACAACACCGCCACACCAGCGACCAAGCUGUCCUGGCGCGAGAACGAGUGCGUGCCCGCCCUGCCCGCGCCCAAGAUGAUGUGGUACCGCCGCCACUACCUGCCGGACGAGGCGACCUGGGCGCACCCAGAGGCGAGCCCGCUGUUCUGGAAAGGCGACUGGGCCAAGCUGCCGGCGGCCGAAGUUGUGCUGGGCGAGCUGGAUGUGCUGCGGACCGAGGGCGAGGAGUUUGCAGAGAAGCUGGUGCAGGCGGGCAGGACGGACACGAGGGUUACGGUCAUGCGGGGGCAGCCGCAUCCUUUUAUUGCUAUGGAUGGUGUAUUGGACUGUGGGAAGCUCGCCAUUUCGUUAUUUGCUGAGAGGCUGCUGAAGGCCUUUUAUGUGGACAACUAA